AUGCAGACUAAGGAAGGCACUGUACGGACUGAAGCAAUCCCCCAGGGCUUGGUUUGGCAGGUUUGCAAGAGCAAUGUUAGCAAUGGGUACAAACAAAGUCAAGGUGAUCAUACUUUGUUCAUAAAACACUCUUCUUCAGGGGGAGUUACAGUCCUCAUUGUAUACGUAGAUGAUAUUAUUGUCACUGGCAAUGAUCAAGCUGAAAGGGAAACUCUUAAAGCUAAACUGGCCACGGAAUUUGAAAUAAAAGACCUAGGCAAGCUGAAAUACUUCCUGGGAAUUGAAGUUGCUCGCUCCAAAGAAGGAAUUUUCGUCUCACAACAAAAGUAUGUUAUUGAUUUACUGAAAGAAACAGGAAAGAUAGGCUGUAAGCCCGUGAAGACUCCCAAUGAACCGAAUCAUAAGCUUGGAGAAGCUGUUGAUGAUGAGCCAGUUGACAAAGGAAUGUAUCAAAGACUUGUUGGAAGAUUAAUCUACUUGUCUCACACCAGGCUUGACAUCGCCUAUGCAGUUAGUGCAGUGAGCCAAUUUAUGCACAACCCAAAGGAAGUACAUCUCCAAACAGUAUACAGAAUCCUGCAAUAUCUAAAAUCUAGUCCAGGUCGAGGCAUAUUGUUCAAGAGAGGAUUGUGCUUGAACUUAGAAGUUUACACAGACUCAGACUAUGCAAGUUCAGUGUCAGAUAGAAGAUCAACCUCGGGUUAUUGUGCCUUCCUAGGUGGGAAUCUUGUUACAUGGAGGAGCAAAAAGCAGCCAGUAGUUGCAAGGUAA